AUGGAAAGAAAACGUAAAAUCAUCUCCGUGAUAGGAGCAACAGGUCAACAAGGUGGUUCUGUCACCCGAUCUUUACUACAGAAUCCCGACUUUUGUGUCCGGUGCAUUACACGAGAUGCUUCAUCUGUUAAAGCAAAAGAGCUGAAACGUUUGGGCGCGGAAAUUGUGCAAGCCGAUGGCAAUGAUCCCAGUCUUAUGACCACUGCUCUUCAUGAAAGCUGGGGUAUUUUCAUCAAUAAUGGGUACGCACUACCACCGACUGUCCGGGAGGGCAAAUAUGAGGAAGAUUUCGGAAACAUCAUUCUCAAGAGUGCCGCCGAUGCUAAGGUCCCUCAUGUCGUGUUCAGUUCACAACCAUCGGCGUAUGAGCUGUCUGGUGGCAAGAUCCGCACUCCAGUUCUCGAUGCUAAAGCCUGGGGGGAGUCUUGGGGACGCGCUUGUCCUGCAUUUCAAACCUUCACCCCGAUCAUGGCAUCUUGGUAUUUCCAGAACUUCUUCAUACCGUCUUUCGUGGCUGACUUUGGAGGAUUCCCAUGGGCGGAGGAUGCAGAAGGGUACUUGACUCUGCGGAUACCACCACUUGGAGGGAAUGAAGAGGUUCCUUGGAUCUGUGUUGAUGAGGACUUCGGCGACCUUGUCCACGGAAUCUUCCUGAACCCUACACGAUGGAACAAGCGAACAGUCCAGGCAGUUGGGGAUAUAUUGUCGUACGGGGAUCUGACGACUACUUUCGCCGAUGUGACCCAGCGGAAGGCACGAUACAUCCCAUAUUAUGACUUGGCAGAGAUGCCUGUUGACCGGCCCUACCUCCACGAGUCACGGCAGGUUUUUGCCUUCUACCACAUGCGCGACGGUGAGCUCUUUGGUGGUGGAAUUACAGAGAACAGGACCGCAAGUGUGCUCAAGGGGGCGGCAUUCCAGGCAAAAGGACAGAAGGGGCGGGAGACUUUGAUGUCAGCGCGUGAAUGGUUCGAAAAGCACUUUACUAAAAGUAUUGAUUUUGAGCGAGUCGAGCGGUCGGUUCCAUAUAUUGAACGUCAGAAAGAUGAUUAA